AUGUUUGAAGUUUCGUGUUGGUAUUCUUUUAAUAAUUUAAAAAAUACUUUAAUUAUAUGGGAAGGUGUUAUGGCUAUAUGGAAUGAAAAUUGUAAAAGUGAGAUGGAAUGUGUAGAAUUAUGGAAAGAAUAUAAUGGUAAUUAUAUUAAUUUUUUUCCAUAUCAUAAUAUUAAAAAAAUUACAAGUGAUGGUUAUUGGACAUGUGCUGAAAUUAUUGGAAAAUUUGAUAAUGGAAAAAAUUUUUUUUAUCAUGCAAUAACACCAAAGAAAAGUAAAUUAUUUUUUGAUUUUAUUUUAAGAUUUUUUAAUACAAGUAUUAUUGAUAUUGAGAUAACUCUUGAUCCAAAUCCAUACAGAAAUUGGAGUGAAAAUGAGUGUGAAAAUCGUUUAAUGGAAUGGAGAGAUUUAUCAUAUCAUUUUUUAAAGAAAACUGCAAAAAUUAAUAAAAAUUCUAACAUGCCAAUAUAA